AUGCAGUUUUGCUGCAUGGUGCUUAGGAUCAACAUGGAUUGCAAUGGAUGUUACAGGAAAGUAAGGAAAGCCCUCCUUGAUAUGCAAGAGCUAGAGACACAUUUGAUAGAGAAAAAGCAGUGCAAGGUAAGUAUGUGUGGAAAAUUUAUCCCUCAGGAUGUUGCAAUCAAGAUUAGGAAGAAGACUAAUCGCAGAGUUGAGAUAUUGGACAUACAAGAGUUCGGCAACAGCGAUGAAAAUCAAGAUCAGGGACCCUUGAUCAGUUCUUGGAAUGUCAUGUCAAACCUAAACCAAAUCGCAACAUAUUUGAUAAAAGAGGGCCUUAGGGACAAAUAUUUGAGUUUAAUUCUGUGGGUCAUUUGUGGUGACAGUGGUAAUGGUGGAGCAGGAGAAUCAGAGAAAGAGAAAGAGAAGGUUGUGUUGGUUGAAUGA